AUGACCAGAUGGCCUCCGGACAAGCGCAUCAGGAUCCGCGAGGCCUCGAUGGCUGAUCUUGAGGAUAUCACUACCACGGCUCAGGAAGGAUUCCCAGACGACCCCGAGUUCAACUAUCGUUUCCCGGAUCGUGACAAGUUCCCUCAAGACAAUCGCAAAUGGGUCCGCCAGGAGUACACGGAGUACCUGAAGCAGCCAUCCAAGUACGCAGUUAUGGUCGCUACCGCGAGCGACAAUGAUGAUAGGGUUGUCGCGCUGUCCGUGUGGGAUAAGGCGGUCUUGGUUCCUCAUAAAGGUGGGGAUCUCGGUGUUCCCGCUGACCCGAACGAACCACCGGCUCGCCGUGACGUCAACCCUGUCCACUUCAGGGCAUUCGCUCAACGCAUGGACCAGAGCUUCCACCAGUACUUUGCAUCCUAUGGCGAGCAGCAAAUGCAUCUCUGGCUCUUGGCCACACAUCCCUCCUUCCGUCGACGAGGUGCUGGCUCGAGACUCUGCCAGUGGGGCUUAGGACAGGCUGCUGGCAAGGGCAUCCACACCACCGUGUUGGCCAGUGCCAUGGGAAGGAGAUUGUACCAAGAGCUGGGAUUCGCCCUGAAUGGUUCCUUCAUCAUCCGGGUCGACGACGAGACUGACCAUUUGGAGCUUUGGGCGCUGACGCAUGAUCCGCCCUCCAGUCCGGCAUGGGGAUGGUCAUGUGAUAUCAUGUAA